AUGUUGUUGUUGUUUUCAAAGAUUUAUCCGGUUUUUAGGAUACUUGUACUUAUUUUUCUGGUUAAGUUCAAUAAUAACAAAGAAUAUUUGAGUCCAAAACAAGCCAUGCUUAAAGUGACAGAAAAAAAAUCCGGAAAUAGACAUGAAUCAUUUGUGGUUGGAAAUGAUACAUUUAAUCAAGAUGUUUCUAGGAAUGAACUCGCGAAGAUGAUUAUAUUGCAUGAAUAUCCCAUCAUAAUGGUUAACCAUAUUGGUUUUAGAAAUUAUAGCCAUUCUCUUCAACCUUUGUUCAAGAUAGUUUCUCGCAACAGCAUGAAGAAUGAUAUAAUGAAGUUGUAUGAAAGUGAGAAGUCAAAGAAAAUGAAAAUACUUGCAAAGAAUAAAAGCUGCAUUGCAAUAACUACUAAUAUGUGGAUUGCUAGCAACCAGAACAAAGGAUAUAUGUCUGUUACAGCUCAUUACAUUGAUGAAAAUUGGAUUUUGUUCAUUUAUGUCCCUACGCCAGAUACUGCUGAGGUCAUUUGUGAUUUUUUGGUAGAUUGUUUGAUGGAUUGGAAUAUUUAUAGAAAAUUGUCAACAUUAACCGUUAAUAAUUGUAGCACCAAUGAUGCUCUGAUUGACCAUUUGAUUGAUAAGAUGUCACCUUCUUCUUUUGUUUUAAAAGGGAAAUUGUUUCAUAUUCGUUAUUGCGCCCACAUAUUAAACUUGAUAGUGAAAGAUGGCAUGCAAACAAUUUCUAGUUCAAUUGAAAAGAUUAGGGAAAGUGUCGGUUUUUGGGUAGCAACACCAAAGAGGGAGGAGAAAUUUAAAGAAACUUGUAAUCAAUUGAACAUGACUUAUGAAAAGAAGCUUGCACAAGAUUGCUGA